AUGGUGGAUUCUAAUUUCAAGCGCCUCAUUAGAUUCGAAGACUCUUCUGGUGCUAUUCAUUAUGGAGAAGUCCCUGAGAGCCAUCUGUGGCAUGAUGAUUUGACUGGCGUCUCUGUACCUUUAUAUAACGGUGGAUUGCCAUGGGAGAGUGACUUCAAGCGCACUCAGAAUACCGCAAAGAUUGUGAAAGUUCUGAGUCCAGUUGAGGCAGCACCCAUUGUUUACGGAAUUGGGCUGAACUAUCGUCAUCACGCAGAAGAGGCAAAGGUUCGGUACUUGAUUCUGAACAAAUCAACGCUGAAUUUGGGCUACACCGUAGGUAACGAUGUGUCAUCGCGAUACUGGCAAGAUCCCGUCCGAGCGGGCGGGCAACACGGAUAUGCCAAAGCAUUUGACAAAUUUUCACCGAUUGGCCCAGUACUCGUCUCGACGUCACAGAUCCUCAAUCCAAGUAAACUCACUCUGAAAACCACAGUCAAUGGCGAGCAACGACAGCUCACCAAAACCGACGAUCUGAUAUUCGACAUUCCUGCUAUUGUCAGACAUUUGACCCGAGGAAGGACAGUCAGCCCCGGUACUGUGGUUAUGACCGGGACUCCAAGUGGCGUUGCAGCGUCCAUGAACCCCCCAGCCUGGCUCAAGGACGGCGACGUUGUCAAGGUGGAAGUUUCUGAGAUAGGAAGAUCCGUAACAGAAUUGUUUACGUCUAGUGUUCAUGAAAGGGGGGUUGUGAUCUUGAUGGCAUGGCGAAAACGUUGGGCACAAGACGUUUAG